AUGGAGUCCACCAAGAAGUCCAUCCCGAAAAGCAUCUUGAUCUUCGGUGCGGCUGGCCACAUCGGCCAACCGCUAGCUGAAUUCCUCACACGAGAAGCCCCGGAUAUUGAGAUUUCGCUUGUCGCAAGAAGCCCCGAGAAGCAGAAAAUGCUACAGGACAAAUUCCCCAAAGCCCGGGUUCUCGCGGCUGAUUACGAGGACCCAUCUUCACUCGCCGCUGCGGUAAAGGGCGUUGAAGGCGUUUUUGUCAUCUCGUCUAGCGGCAUGUCGGAAACUACUGCCAUGACCAACCUCACGAAUGUCCUCAAGCAAGAGGGUUCUGCGGUUCAUGUCAUCCGCUUGCUAGGGAUAUUCCCCGAGUUCAACCCCCGACGCGUGCCUGCGAACUUGGGACCGGGAAGCCUCCCUUAUGAACAUCCGAUUGCGAAGCGUAUCUUGGACGAAAGCGACCUUCCAGUUACGUACAUCAACUCCGGGGCUACUUUCAUCGACAAUCUAUGGCUACAGAUCCAACCCGUCCUGCUGCACAAGAAGUUCAUCUGGCCCGAGCAUCGUGUGCCAUUUCUCGACCCGCGCGACGUCGCCGAGGUCGCUGGGCGUCUGUUUCUUUCGGACAAUGCGAAGCACGUAGGUGCAUUCCACACCAUGAAUAACGGCCAUGACUGGCUGUGCUUUGAAGAAGUGGCGGGAAUUCUCGGUGACGAACUGGGUGAGUCACUCGCCUUUGACGGAAGUUAUGAGGGCUUCAUGGAGUUCUGGGGCCCGAGGAUGGGAAAGAAGGCGGAGCGAAUUUGGAAUUUCUUCAAGUUCGAACAGGCUAACGAGGAACAAUGGGCCUUGAAUAACUUUGUUGAGCGGAUUCUGGGGAGGAAGCCUACUACAGUUAGAGGCUGGAUAGUCGAGCACAAGGACGCUCUUGUGAAAGGGGAUCGUACAGUCUCAUGGGCAUAG